CCUACUUUGUUUUCCAAUUUCUUUCUUUGGCCUUGCACCUAAAGAAAAGAAAACACAUAGCUCAAUCAUUCUAAUUUUGAUAGGGGGAGCUAUAGCUCAAGUGGCAGUGGUUGAUACCUAUAGCUGCUAUCUUUGUUAAAAAACUACCUUGUCAUUUCAUUUCUUUCAUGCUCUUCUUCCUUAAUUAUCAUCUUCUUUUGUUGAAGAAGAAGAAAGAACUAAUAUGAGUACAGCAAGAUUUAUCAAGUGUGUGACUGUAGGGGAUGGGGCUGUAGGGAAGACAUGUAUGCUUAUUUCCUACACUAGCAACACCUUUCCCACGGAUUAUGUUCCAACCGUGUUCGAUAAUUUCAGUGCCAACGUUGUGGUGGAUGGUAGUACCGCCAAUCUUGGCCUAUGGGACACUGCAGGACAAGAAGAUUACAACAGGCUGAGGCCUCUUAGUUAUAGAGGAGCUGAUGUUUUCUUGUUGGCCUUCUCUCUCGUCAGCAAGGCCAGUUAUGAAAACAUCCACAAGAAGUGGAUUCCUGAGCUAAGGCAUUACACUCCCAACGUGCCCAUUGUGCUUGUGGGGACCAAACUAGAUUUACGCGAGGACAAGCAGUACUUGAGCGAUCAUCCAGGGUCAGCGCCAAUAACAACAGCUCAGGGAGAUGAAUUGAAGAAGAUGAUUGGUGCUGUCUCUUACGUAGAAUGCAGUUCCAAAACUCAGCAGAAUGUGAAGGCUGUCUUUGAUGCUGCAAUAAAGAUUGCCUUGCGGCCCCCAAAGCCAAAGAAAAAGCCCCGCAAGCAGCUGACUUGUUCUUUCCUAUGAAUACAUACGCUAGAUUUGAUUACUGUGGAAUUGUCUCCCUUAAUUCAAACUGUUUCACAAUCGGAUUGUAUAUCCACAUAUAUUUUUUGGCAAUAUUUCUGAUGAAAACUGUUUUAAGUCAUGGAAGAUCUCCUCGACCCCGAGAUCGUAAGAUUUUUUUGUCAUA